AUGAAGUUAAAACAGGUUUAUGAAACUUUGAAAAAAAAGUUUGCUGAUGGUGAAGUCAACUCCCCCCUACAAUAUAAAUACGUGACCCAUCUCGCUCUCAUGAUGAGUUCCAUUGGCUCGUGGCCACAUACGCAGUUCGGCCGCAACAAACUCCAUACUAUACUGUCGUUCUACAACCUCAUACUUCACGGUUUCUGUUUGUUGAUGUUUGUCCUUGGAGUGUUGUACUGGCGGCAGCGACGGGCGACAAUCUCUUUCUUUGAUUCUGGACAUAUAUUUUUGUGUAUGAUUUUUGAUCUUUUGGUUUUGCUAAGAUUACUGGUGGCCAGAACCUUAAAAUAUCAAGAAACAAUUAAAGAAUAUUUGCUGGAGUUUCACCUGUUCUACUUCAAGAAUCGAUCGCCAUACGCUGCGAAGAUACACACGCAAAUCCACACCAUUUCGGGGAUGUUCACAUUCUACGUGAUCUGUCAAAUGGCGAGUGGCGUGGCUUUAUUCGUUCUCAUGCCAUUCUACAACAACUUGAGUAACGGCAUGUUUGGCAAGAAUAGGCCUGAGAACAGUACGUUUGAGAAUUCGGCUUAUUAUUACUUGCCUGAUGCGUGUUAUACUACUUUGAGAGGUUACUGGUUCCUAUUCGCCUUCAACUGUUUCACAUCCUACAUAAUAACCAUCGGUCUCUUCUGCUUCGAUCUCCUUAUCAGUCUGAUGGUGUUCCAAAUUUGGGGCCACCUGGAGAUUUUGAAGAAUAACUUGAUGAAUAUGCCUCUGCCUAAAGAUAGCAAAGACGGCAUGUAUUCGGUGGAGGAGAAUGUUAACAUAAGAGCUUUGUUGAAGGACAUUUGUGUGCAUCAUAAUUUGAUUAUAAAAUUUGUAAACCGAUGUUCUAACGCGUUCAGCGAGUACCUGUUCACUUUCUACCUCUUCAUGCAAUUCAUAACCUGCAUCCUACUUCUGGAAGUAUCCUCGUUCACAGCUGAUGCCAUCGCUAAGUAUGGACCCUUGACUAUCGGCAUGCAUCAGCAGUUGAUACAAGUGUCUAUACUUUUUGAGAUGCUGAAUACAAAGAGUAAUCAAUUGAUGGAAACAAUCUACACCAUUCCUUGGGAACACAUGGACAACAGGAACAGGAAAACGGUGAUGUUCUUGAUACGUCGGAUCCAAGAACCGGUCAGUUUGAAGGCGGGUGGUAUGGUGCCGGUUGGAGUCAACACCAUGUCUGCGGUCCUGAAGGGUUCGGCCACUUAUUACAUGAUGCUGAAGGCUUUUGCUGGUGAACAGUAA